GCGGCGACCGUUUCUCCGGGUCUCUCCAGGCCCGGCAUAGGGAAAAGGGCCAAAGUCCGGUUUCGAGGUGCGACAGCCUCUAGUCAGGGCGAGCCCUGACGCGCGCGAAAAGCCUGAGAGGGUGAGAGGAGAGGCGAAGAGGAAAACCUGGCCGCGGGGCAGGUGUCGGCGCGCGCGGGCGGGAUAGAAAGGAGAGAAGCAGGUGCCGAAAAAGCCCCGCUGAAGGAAAGCAGCAGCCAGGCGAGGUCGUGUGUCCGCGAGGGCGACGCCCCGCGCGUGUUGCUAAGCUCCCUCGCCAGCGGUGACUUCCAGGAGCGCUUUGUGACUUCACCCGCGAGGCGGCUCACAAGCGCUCGGGCCUUGCAGCCUCCAUGCCUCCUGCCGGCGAAAGGCAGCCGCUGAUCCCCAACGGCCCCCGCCACGGGUGGCGCGGGAGGAUGCCCUGCUCCUUCACGCAAGGAGUGGCCUUCGUCCCGACGCUGCUGGUGUGCUGGUCUUCGGCCGCCUUCAUCCUCUCCUACGUGAUCGCCGUGCUGUGCGGCCAUGUGGAGCCGCUGUUCCCGUACAUCAGUGACACAGGAGCAAAACCUCCAGAAAGUGGUAUCUUUGGGUUUAUGAUUAAUGUUUCUGCAUUUCUAGGUGCAGCUACAAUGUAUACAAAAUAUUUAACUGUAAAGAAGCAAAAUGAAGUGACACAUUUCAUUCCUCCUUAUUUCAAUUUCAUUACAUUAAUGAUUGGUGUGCUAGGUUGUAUUGGAAUGAGCAUCGUUGCAAGUUUUCAGGAGCUAGCAGUGCCUGCUGUCCAUGAUGGAGGAGCCCUUGUGGCUUUCCUCUCUGGCGUGGUGUACAUUGUCCUUCAGACUGUCAUCUCUUACAAGUCACUUCCUCAGUGGACCACUCCGUGUACAUGCCACAUACGACUGGCUCUUUCGUUAAUGUCCUUUGUAGCUGCCAUUCCCAUGAUUGCCUGUGCUUCACUAAUUUCCAUAACAAAAAUAGAUUGGAGUCCAGGUGAAAAGGAUUACAUGUAUCAUUUUGUGAGUGCAAUCUGCGAAUGGAUAGUAGCCUUUGGUUUUGUUUUCUAUUUCUUAACAUUCAUCAGAGAGUUUCAGAGUGUUACCCUAAGGAUAUCAACAGAAAUGCAUGAAAGCUUUUGACUACAUUUUAUCAAUUAGGAUCCUAGAAGCUGGAUUGAGGAGUUUUUAAACUUGCAGAAAAAGGGACUGGUCAAAGCUGAUGGGACCCGGGCUGCUACAAUGAUGCUGCAAUUUGCGUAAUCAUAGUCAAGGCAGAGUUUCUUUUAAAUUUUACCACUGUCCCCUAACGUGUAAUUUUGCCCCUUUGGUCAGUGUUAUAAAACCAUUUUGUAUCUUUUUAAAUACCUUUUUAUGUUUUGUUUGUAACGAGAGAUCAUCUGAAAGCAUACAACUCAGAAAUAUUGAAAUUAUGUUUCUUUUGUCAGCAAAUCAUGUUGCCUUAAAAUGAUACUUGGGACUGUGAGCACUUUUACUUGGGAGUAAGUCUUGUUGAACCAGGUGGGGGCUGGCUUCUAAGGAAACAUGGGUACCAUCUCAUCAUAAAAUACUGUUCCUAAUUUCAAAAAUGAGGCACAUAUGGAAAAGUGCAAUUUAUAAAUGGCCUCUGUACUGAAAUGGCCUCUGUACUGAAAAAUAUCGCUGUAUAUAAAUCCCUCUUGAAAUUAAUGGGACACAUUUGCUAUUACUAAUGUGACCUGUCGAUUUCAAUGGAAUGCCAGCCCCAUCUUAUAUGUAUUUAAUCAGAGGCGUAGCUAGGGAAAAUGGAGCCUAGUGCAGAAUCUGAGUUUUGCUUCCCCCCGCCCCCAUUUUCGUUUGUGUUUUUUGUAUUUUUUAGUGUUUUUUCAGUUUUUGGCCUGC